CACCCACACUUCUAUACUAUACUGUAUAUCACCAGCAGUGUAUAACCUCAAUUCCAACCAUUAACCUUUCCCCAUCCCAUACCUCCCAUAAGCCAACAUGUCCCUCCUCCGCCUCACCAAAUCCUUCUCCUCCCUCUCCUCCCCUCUGCUUCAUCGCCACCUCCCCCACCGCACCCUAGCCACCGCUCCCCCCAAGAAGAAAGAAUGGCUCUGCAUCCUCCCCGACAAGCCCAACGUCCUCGACCUCCGCCUGCAAGUCCGGCCAAUGCACUACGCGGAACUCAAACCCCUCAUCGAGGCGGGAAAGAUGGUCGUCGGCGGCGCGAUGGUCGACUCCCACCCGGAAGAGGGCAAGCCCCUCUCCUUCAAGGGAAGCAUGAUCGUGGUGACUGGGGAGACGGUGGAGGAGGUGCAUGAGCUGAUCAACAAUGAUAUUUAUGCCAAGAGUGGCGUGUGGGACUUGGAGAAGGCGCAGGUCAUCCCGUAUAUUUCGGCGGUUCGGGAGCCGUUGAAUAAGGAGUAGGGCGCGGUUGAUAUGGUGGCAGUGAGUUGGGGUGAUUGUCUCUGAGGUAGUAGGAGUAAGGCUUGGUUUGAGUGUUGAGUUUGGAGAUUCCUGUGAGGAGCAUGAGACUGCGUUUGAUGAGGAAAUUGAAUUUCUCAACCCGUGGUUUUUGAGUUCUAAUGCGUCUGCUGGAUCAGGGACAGUGCAGAUGCUAUAAAAUCAUAUACAGUACACUGCACGCUACAAUUAGAUAUGGCCCCAUCAGAUCACAUAAUGAGAUUAGG